UGCACGUGUCGUGGAUUUCCAUGAAAAUGGCACCAUCAGAGAACGACAGCCACAGCUCGACGCCGCGGUCCUUUACCGGCCAAACUGCCUCGGCCGAGGAGUUGCUGAAGUCGCAGACAGUUGGUCUGGUUCAUCUUUCCGACUUUCGCAAACGUCGCGCAGAAGUGCUAGAGCAGAAAGAACGAGAAGCACAUGAUAAAUCCCUGGGGAGGUUUGCAUCCGGUGACUCGAGGGGCGCAACACCUUCGGCAAGCGAUGCGACUGAUGGAAAUUCGACGCCACAGAGCGAAGGCCCUCCCAAGAAGAAGAAAAAGAAGAAGCCGCUAGCGAAGAGCAAACUUUCGUUUGGAGACGACGAAGAGGAGGAGAACACUGGGAACGAUUCCGCUGCCACGCCGGGCGAGUCGCGGAUCGGCCGAUCAGCUUCCAAGACGCCCGUUGACGAUGGUUCCCUGCCGUCGUCUCGUCGGAUUACGCCGAACCCCAAUGCACCACCUCCGCCGAAAGCAAUGACCAAGGCGACCAUCAAGGCAGAGGCAGAGGCACGAGAUGCUCUGCGCAAGGAAUUUCUGACGAUGCAGGAGGCCGUCAAGAACACCGAGAUCCUGAUCCCGUUUAUCUUCUAUGACGGAACAAACAUACCAGCGGGCAGCGUCAAGGUCAAGAAGGGGGAUCCUGUCUGGUUGUUCCUCGACCGAUGUCGUAAGGUCGGAGCAGAGCUAGGAGUAGGAGGGAACAGCGGCGCCACCAAGGGACGCAAAGACAACCGCCGUGAAUGGGCGCGAGUCAGUGUCGACGACUUGAUACUAGUCAAAGGAGAAAUCAUUGUCCCUCAUCAUUACGAAUUAUACUAUUUCAUCGCCAACCGCGUGUCCAAUUUCACCCGUGGCGGCGGGUUGCUAUUCGAUUACUCCGACAAGCCCCCUCCAGCCAGCUCUAGUGAUAAUCCUUUGUCGAAACCGAACGGCGAAGAACUUGAAGGGGCCGCCAAAGAUCCCGCCUUGACCAAGGUAGUUGAUCGGCGGUGGUAUGAGCGAAACAAGCACAUCUUUCCGGCCAGUCUAUGGAGGGAAUACGAACCCGGACCGGAAUUCGAGGAAAAGAUGCGUACGACAAAGCGUGACGCAUCUGGGAAUACCUUCUUCUUUUGAUGAUAUUAGAAUACGAAAAUACAGGGCUCAUGAGCUCUAUGAUUUGUGUAUAUUAAUGCAACGAUGAAUCUGAUGGUUCCCGGCAGGCCGUGGGAACC